UGCCGUGUGUGUGUGUAGCACAGGAGAGAGAGAGAGGUGGUGCAGUUGAGCAAAGCGCAGUCAGGAGUGUUUCAGUGGGGCAGCAGAACGGAGGUGACAGCGGAGAAUGGAGAGGAGCCCGUCCGCUCGGCGAGCUUUGACCGAGGAGAACCCGCUCGGUCCUUCCCUUCUGGAGCCAGCCUGCUGAGAGACACCAGGAGGAAUUAGCCGGAGGGGGGCAGAGGAAAGGAAUGGCUGAUCCUCUGCGGAGGACUUUACUAGCAAAACUACGGGGGAAGAAGUCCAAAAAAGGAGCGACGCUCAGCGGUGGAUACGGAUCUGCUGCUGCGGCGAAUGGGGGCCGAGAAGGUAAAGAAAAAGUUUUCCCCGAGGAGCCUCGGCCGGUAGUUUUGCUCACAGGGCUGGAUUUCACGGCAGAGAGAAUGAGCGCAUACGAGAAUUAUGUAGCAGGAGCGCUGGUGCAAACAGAAGGGGCCACAACAGUCCCAGAGAGUCGCGCAGCGGAGGUGGAUGGCUCACGUCCCCGGGAGCCGAGCAGCGGGGGUAGGGUUCACGUUAAUGAAUGGCUCCUAGGGGCCCCACUUCAAAGAGACGCGCAGUUUGCUGGGGACACGUUAGGAGGAGAGGACAGGAGGCUCAGGGAGCCCAGAUCUGCGGGGAUCUCUCUCGAAGGACCACAUGUGCAGAUAAAACGCUUCGUUCCUGCGCCGAGGCAGUGCGGCUUCGGCGAUUCGAUCGGGUUCGGGGACAGCUCCGGUCAAGCGUUACACCGAGCGCAGGUGCGGGCGCAGACGGGGGUCGUUAGAGCUGCCGUGGCUUGGGUUGCUGAUGGUGAGGGGGCAGAGACCAGGAGCCGGGGGUACUCCCGGCACAUGGCAGGGACUGUAGUAGCAAUUCACACAAACAACACCUGGAAUUUUGACCGCCCCGCUCUGGAGGCAUACACUCAAACUUGCGUGCAUCCAAACUCUGAGGAAAAUGUUUUAAUCAGAAGCAUUGAAAGUUAUGAGCCUGACUGUGUCAGGCCCAUCGGGGAGACCGCUGGAUGCCCUCAGAGCCCAACAGUUUUCCCCACUGACUUACAGAUUUGUGAUCUCAAAAUGCAAACUCUGUGCACCACAGAGGCAUCACUGAGGUACCCCUUAGAUAGUGAAGAUGACGAUUACUAUGACAAUGAAAUUCUGCCCUUUUACGAAGCAGUUAAACCAAAAACUGUUGCUAGAGUGGAGGUUGCAGAGAUACAGGAUAAAGGGCAGGGAGAUGAUGGUGAUAGCGCCCAGGAAACAGACAGGCUCAGAACACAGCUGCAAGAGGCCUAUUAUCUUCUCAUCAAUGCUAUGAAUGAUAUCAGCUUGGAUGCUCAGCAGAUUAGUGGUGGCUUAGCUGAGCAGCAAGCCACCUCUUCCUGUAGUAGUCAUUCAAGAGACAGCCUGUGCUCCAGGCUCUCUGUCAAAAACACUGACAGUGACUCCUGGUCCUCUGGAGGGAACCACAGUUCCCAGCAGCUUUCUGAUACUGAAUCACUCCUGCUCUGCCUUACUGGAAGCCUGGAGUCAAAGACAAAGCUGAUCAGUAAAAGCACAUCCAGCUUGUCAGUGACCAAAAAACCCACAUUAGUCCGGUCUGCCAGUGAUGGAGUUAUUAGGUAUCAAGGCCUACCUUCAUCUUGUACUCAGGCAACCAAACGGGAAAGUGCAUUAGUCCAUCAUGAUAAAGAAGCUUUGGAGUUAAAUAAACAUGAAGAGGCUGAAGUCUCAAGAGCAGGUGAACCGGAGGUGCUUUGCAACACCAUCAGCAGUGACGAACUGCUGCAAAAUGUCGGAGUUGAGGAGGAACAUGGCAGAUGGCUGAAUGAGAGCAGCAGUUCGGUCAACAGCCUCACAGGUUCUACAGACAGCAACAGCGAAGCAGCAAGUCAUCAGGGUCAGGAGGGCAAGCAAGAACAGGCCGAAGUCCGGACACAGGUGGUCCAGUCGGUCAGCAAAGCCUACGGUGUUACUGUGAACAAGAUGCAAGAGUGGAUGCACAAGGGUCGUCUGCUGUCGUCUGAGAUGAAGCAGCGCAUUGAGGGUUCGUCUUUACCUCUUGGUGGAUGCCAGAGCCAGGAUUGGUCCUCCACUCAGGCUAACCUCGGAGGCUGCAAACCAGGGGUCCCGGUUCGAGGGAGUAAAUCAGUCAAGGUUAAGUCGUCUACAGUCAAGUCUGCAAGACAGCAGCAGCAGCCAGCUUUCUUUGAGAAUUUCCAAACUCCAUGUGCUAAUGGCAGAGAGGCCAGCAGACUGACCAACGAGCCUUCAUCAUGGAGCCCGCAGCUCACCACCACCAUUACAGUGUCCAAAAAGCGCAACUGGCUGCAGCAGAGCUCCCAGCCAAAGAGUCACUGCACCAAGGAUGAGCUGCAAGGCAUGCUGGGAGCUGAGGAGGGCAGUCAGCUUCCUCCUGCUCCCAGCCCCUCGCCAGAAUUUGUGAGAUCCACAGGUGGAGCGCCGCCACGGCCAGUACGCCCACAGAUCCCUCAGGUGGUUGUUGGUCAGUGUAAGAUGUCUCCUCAUCCUCGGAGUGUGGACCCAUCGGAAGAGAACGAUGCAGAUGAUGAGGGGGAGAUUUGGUACAACCCAAUCCCAGAGGACGAUGAACCAGUGACGUCCCGUCGGCCCUGCAUUCGGCUGGUCGUCCCACCGCACGGCGAAGCGCAGAGGCGACCUGGCAGGGGAGCGGACGUGGCUCAGGGCGGCUGGACCGCGGAGGGUUCCAGCGGGCCUGAGGCGGUCAUGGAAGGUCCCGGUAGCGGUUCUGGAGAUUUGAGUUCGGGGAAUGCUGCACAUUCCACGGAGGCGCUACAUCUGCACAGACAGAUGGUCGCGUGCAAACCUCCAGAGGAGGGGGGGCCCUCCUCCAGCAGACCAACAGAUGGACUUGACCUGCCCAACGUCAUUAGCUUCUCACCUCCUUCGAGCCCAAACCCAACCAAGAAGAGCAGCUCCAUCAACUGGUCCUUCCCAGACAAGAUCAAAUCCCCACGAACAGUCAGGAAGAUUUCCAUGAAGAUGAAGAAGCUUCCCGAACUCAGCCGAAAGCUCAGCGUCAAAGGGACCCAAAAUAGCAACACAAGUAGUAAUGGAAACAGUCAGCUAGAGCCAAGGGCCCAUUCUCUCCGGGCCACCGGCAGUGGGUCCGAAACCGUCACCCAGAGUUCCGGUCCGCCUCGGUUAACCCCAUCCGGAGGUGGGCCGGCGAGCCGCAACGUGAUCUCCCGCUACCACCUGGACAGCAGCGUUUCAACACAACACAGCUUCAACAAGAAGAAGAAUAAUGGCAGCUCAAAGUCGGCCAGCAAAGGCGGCUACCUCAGUGAUGGUGACUCACCGGAGCUGGUUGCCAAAUCUGGCAAACAUGGAUCUGCCGAGGGGAAGAGUGGAAAAGGCAAGGAUGCUGAGGGAGGAAGUUCUAGAGUCAAUGGCACCGAGCUGGACAUUGAUGCUUUUCGCCAUUACAGCUUCACAGAUCAGCCCAAGUGCAGCCAGUACAUCUCUGGACUGAUGAGCCUCCAUUUUUAUGGUGCUGAGGACCUCAAACCUCCACGCAUCGACUCACGAGAUGUUUACUGUGCAAUCCAGGUUGACUCGGUUAACAAAGCACGAACCGCACUUCUUACCUGUCGAACAUCGUUCUUGGAUAUGGAUCACACCUUCAACAUUGAGCUGGAGAACGCCCAGCACCUCAAGCUGGUGGUGUUCAGUUGGGAACCCACGCCAAAACGGAACCGUGUCUGCUGCCACGGAACGGUGGUGCUGCCCGCACUCUUCAGAGUGACACGCACCCACCAGCUGGCGGUGAAGCUGGAGCCGCGGGGGCUGAUCUACGUCAAGUUGAACCUCAUGGAACAGUGGCAGAACUCGCUGGACGGCGGGCCAGACGGAGACAGAGAGCCGCAGGUGUUUGGAGUGGAGGCGUGGCGGGUAGUGGAGAGGGAGAGCACCGGGCUUAUGGUGCCACUCAUCAUAUACAAGUGCAUCAACGAGAUCGAGAGAAGAGGCUGCCAAGUGGUGGGUCUCUAUCGCCUGUGUGGCUCCGCAGCCGUAAAGAAGGAGCUGCGUGAAGCAUUUGAGAGAAACAGCCAAGGCGCGGAGCUGUGUGAAAGCAUGUUCCCUGACAUCAACGUCAUCACAGGAGUACUAAAGGACUACCUGCGUGAACUUCCCUAUCCUCUAAUCACCAAGCAGCUGUAUGAGGCGGUCCUGGAAACCAUGGCCACCAGGCCCCUCAAGAUGGCCGCUGCGGGGUGCGAGAACGAUCCGGCAGACUCGGAGUAUACCGUGAGCCUGCUGGAAAUCCUACCGGAGGUGGAGAGGAUGACUUUGCGGAAGCUUCUAGACCACUUGAAGCGUGUGGCGUCCUACCAGGAAAUGAACAAGAUGACAUGUCAGAACCUGGCAGUGUGUUUUGGCCCAGUGCUGCUCAGCCAGCGUCAGGAGGCGUCGUGCCACACCAACCGCGUCUUCAUCGACUCAGAGGAGCUCGCCAGCGCCCUGCACUUCAAAAAGCACAUUGAAGUCCUGCACUACCUGCUGCAGCUCUGGCCAGUUGUGGACCCAAAUGACCAAUCGUCUCUUCGGUUCCCUGCAGCCUCUGAGGCUCCAGCUGCCUUCGACCUUCUGUCAGCCCCUCCUCUGAGACGUCGGAAAGAGCGCCCCCAGUUUUUAAACCUCAGCGAAGCAGAGAUGGCCGGUGUCCUGCGGCCCAAACCGGGACGUCUGGACAGUCCCAGCAACAGAUAUGCUGGCGACUGGAGCGGCUGUGGUGAAAGUUACUUCCCCUCUGAACUGCUGCUUCCUCCCAGUAAAGAAGAAGCAGACUACGACGAUGUGCCAUCUGAAGACACAGAGACGGUCGAGGAAGCCCACGAGAAGGACGCAGCAGAGGAAGAUGACCAGGAGAGGGACACAAGUCCUACGUCUGAUCCCCAUGUGGAGGAAGAACCUCAAAGAGAGGAGUUUGUGAAAAAGGAAGAAAAUGGAGAAGAAGAGGAGGAGGAGAAAGAAAGCGAGAGCGACAGUUCAAACAACACGCCGGCUUUUGAAGAGGAGGAGGAGGCGGAGGAGGAGAAAGUGUUUAACCACAUCCUCCCAGCUCGGCUUCCUAAAGAGCAUGCUUACCAGGCAUACAUGAAGAUCCAGGACAUGAGUCCUGUUCUGAGUAACAGGGUGAACCUGAGAGACCUGCAGGAGAGCAUCGACACCCUAAUAGGAAACCUGGAACGAGAGCUAAACAAGAACAAGCUCAACGUCGGAUACUGACUACUACGCAGGCACACACGCACAUCCAUUUGUAGACCCAUAAACACAGAUGAGGUUUGAGGAGAACCUACUUUACUGAUCAAGGUGCUUCACAAACACCCACAGUGUUUCCACAGGAAUCCUGUGGCUUGUGGUGCUGCUGUAAUAAGUUACAAGGUGAGAGGAGAAGAAAUGAAACAGGGCACUUCUAGAAUUUCUACCUUACCCACAAACAUUCCAUCAAUUUUUGGGGGUUUUUCAUGUGUCUUACAUUAUGUGGUUUGUUUUGGUUUGCAUUCUUUCCUGUUCUGUGUUCCAUGUUGUUAUUGUUGCUUUUCUUCUUAUUAGAAGAACCCAUUCACCCCUCAGGGGUUUAAAAGGUGCCUUAAUUGUGUGAAGGUGGUGCGUCAAGAGGAAAAUCCACCCUGAAAGAAAAUACGUUAUCUCCUGACAGCUUGAUUGUACAAACUAAACAACAUCUUUGAAUAUUUUAAUUGUCGGUUCUACAAUUUUGGCAACGGACUACAGACCGGUCUUAAUUUCAAUAUCCAAAAAGUUUUGGUUUUAAUGAUUGAAGCAGAUAUUUUUUUGACUGGAGAAAUAAUCUAACAAAAGAAAUUGAAUUCACAUCUGUUUCAGAGCUGCUACCUGUUACUGCCUGUUUUGAUUGAGUGCUGAUUAAAGCAAGCCAAGUUUUUAGGAGAAACGUGUCAUUUUCUUUUAUUAAAGUGGAUUUCCUUUUUAAGGCAACUGAGAGCUUUUCUGUCGAGGUACAAGAAUAUUAUACAACAUUAAUGCACUUAUUAGGCAGGUAGCUGUGUAGAUUAUCAUGCUUCUUAGUGUUAGAAUGAAUAUGACUGUGAUUUGAAUAAAGUGAGAAAAUGGGCCAGUGGAAAACUCCUCUUAAAGACAAAAAAUAAACAUGAAUUUCUGUUGUGCAAGGGUUUUGAUAAACAUCUCAUACUGGAGGUCAUAAAAGCAACCAAAUGCUAAAUUUACUUAUUUGAUUUCUUAUUGGAUGGGAAUUUUGACACAUUUUUCUUUUAGUUUAGCAUAAACGUUAGAGGCAACUAGCUUUGUAAAACAGAAAGACAUUUUCUCUUUAGUCAUCUUUGUGCUCAUCUACAGCAAAAGAUAAUGUUUUUAUUUGGUAAAUAAAUAUAAGUUGCAGUAAUAGAGAAAUUAGCUUUUUUUUUUUUUUAGCUUAGCAUGAAGAUCCAAGCUAGCUAGCCCAACUUUGAAAAAGGAAAAGAAAGAAAAAAGCUUUUUCUUUAUGCUUUUUAAAACAAACUAAAAUGAAUGUGGGAUUGGUCUUCUAGUCGACAACAGAAGACCAUAAGCUAAAUAAUUAAACAGAUGAUGUCAACGUAAGUUUUCCGUAGCGAUAUUUAGAAGGCCUCAUCAGGUUAGCAUCUGUUACCUUGCUGCCUAAAGCAACAAAGGAGGUUUUCAUCAAUCCAGGGAUUCAGAGUGAUCAGUAUUUAACCUAUAUGGACAUAUAUACAUAUGGAUAUGUAUAUGUAUAUAAUUAUAUAAAUGUAUUUGGAGUAUAUUAUUUUUACAUCCUAUAUUUCAAUGGCGUAUUUAAAAAGCUUCUGAUGACCUUGUAGUGUUGACGGCAGUCGUGUAAAUCUCCCUUUGAGCUACCUGUACACAUCUGAAUGUGCUGGACUAAUGGUACAACUCUAGCUGUAAAAUAUGACAAAAUGCUAUUGGUGUUGUUAUUAUGUUGUGUAUAUAUUUGAGCUAAUCCGUGUCUGGUGGACUGAGAUGUGUUCAUGACUUUUGGUGUGUUUUUUAUGGUACUGAACGUUGCAUGGUCAAAAGCUUUACCAACAUAAGCAAGGCUCUGUCUGAUCUGCCAUUGUAUUUCAUAUUUAUGUGUAAAAUAAGACUAUUUUAUAAUGUAUGCUUAUUUGUUUGACCACUUGUUACAUAGAUAAAGUGAUGACCGGAUUGCAUUUUCUUCUAAAGGACGUAGAGGCGGAGAUUGAUUAAGAUGCACAAGAUUUUUUUUUAUAAAUAUGGUACCAUAGUCAAAAAGUGACUACAUUAUUACUACAUGAUAUCCUCUGGGCCCUCUUAUAAAUGUAUUUGAAUUUUAAGGUCAUACUGUAAUUUUUUUCAUUUGAAAGAAGCUCGAACUAAAAAAUGUAACUUAAGUAUAAGAUCAGUUGUAGUCUUGACACAUCUGGAGAAAGCAAGUGAGAUUGAGCAAAAUCUUAUGAAUAGUUUAAAAAGCAGAUAAGUUGUUGGCUCUAUUUAUUAAGUGUGACUUUGUUCAUCUGCCUUAUCAGAAAUAAUUGUCUGUUUCACCGAACAAUAUUUAGUCACAAGCAUUUUCCAGAUUUUUUUUAAGAAGUCUUGGGUUACAGAAUUUAAAUAGUUGUGUCAAAAAUGCAUAGAAAUCUGCUUAUUGUGACAGACUGUAAUGUAUUCUUUAAAACCUUAUAAUCAUAGACCUUAAUAUUUAGGAUAAAUGCAAACAAACUGAAUUUUUCUAUAAGACUCAACUUUAUGGAAGCGGCAAACUCAAAUUAAAAAGUAUGUUUUUCAGUGGAUUUUUUUAAUGUCAUUUCUUUUAAUGUCAUUUGUCAGUGAACUGCUGAGGGAGUUUAAUGAAAUAUCCUCAGCAAAGUUGCUUUUAAACUGUCUGCCUGCAAAGAGAACAGAAAAAAAUGCUGAGUAGUAUCAUAAAACACACGGAGGAUGAUUAGUUAUUUUCAUCCAUUUAUUAAAUAUGCAGACUGUACUUUGAAUCCAAGAAACAUUUAAGUGAUAAUAUGAGAUCUAAUAGUAAGGUCGAUUACAAACAGCAUGGAUCCAUUGGUUACAGCACAUUGUUGUUAUAUUUGUUAUUACAAAUUACAUUUGCCUUGUUUUGUUGCAUCACAUUUUAGAUAUAAUCCUUAAUUUCUGUCUCAUCCUCUUUGUCCUUUAGAGAAGAAAGUGCCACACUGAACGCACCUCUAAACUGAUCAGAUAAGUGCUUUGUAUUGAACCCGAACAACAUGGUCAUAAUAAAGAUAUUAUUUUACAUUCA